GGGACAUUACGAAAUUAGAAUAAAACUGCGCUUUACUGGAGUCUGACGAAAGAAAAAAAGAUGAUGCUUAAUACGGCUUUUUAUUUGAUGAUAAGCUGUGUGCUUAUCUCAGCUCAGAGAAACUGGAAACUAUCGAAGCCCACAAAUUCGGUGACCAUAAGGCAGAGUGGAGGAAGCUUUUGUACCAAUCACCUUGUUGGUGAGUUUGUCGAGCAUGCCGAGGAUUGUCAUAUGUUCUACCUGUGCGUUGAGAAUGGAGAUGCAGUCCUGGCUUCCUGUCCACCAACCAUGCUAUUCAACUCGGAGAGUAGGCUUUGUGAUGCAGCGGGAAACGUAAAAUGUAGAAACGGCACUGAUACCAUGGAGACUCCUCCACUCGAUGGUGAUGGUGAUCUAAACAACAUGGUCACGGAUGCCAGCACCUAUUGUUCCACCUUGCUGGAACAGCAAUCCAGCGAGAGGAUUGUAUAUGUCGGCAGUUCAAGCAGUUGCAGUAAAUAUUACAUUUGCUACUAUGGACAGGCGAUAUUGCAGGAGUGCAGCUCUCAAUUACAUUGGAAUGCAAUGACUGCAAAGUGCGAUGUCCCGGAGAGAGCUCAGUGUACUCUAGGUGGGCAGGAGCAGUUACCAUCGAAUGGGAAUUCCAAUUUUCAAUCCGGAGGUUCCAUUUCAAGUGAUCUCAUCCACUGUCCCGCCUAUGGACAACAUUUGUAUCCUCACAUGCAGCGCUGCGAGUUCUUUAUUUAUUGCGUCAAAGGACACGCCAGCCUGCAGCAAUGUCCUUUCUAUUAUUAUUUCGACAUUGCCACUAAAAGUUGCCAAUGGUCACGAACGGCUCUUUGUGUGCGUGAUUUAAAUUUGACGCCACUAAUAAAAUAAAAACUACAGUUUAAAUAAGUUUGUUUUAAAUACUGUAACAAGUUACAAAAAAUGUUAAAUUGGAUUUUAGAAAAUACUUUAUUCUGCUUAUCAGAUAAUGUUUAAAUUUUACAUUUCCUAAAGAAAUAAUUGCAUAAUUUUAACUUCCCGCCGAUAGAAUACAUGAACCCGAAACGUAUGUGUACACACUGACCGAUGUCAUGGGCUAUCGAUAUAUUGUAUAAAGUUUUGGCACUGUUAUUUUUCGGUUUACCAUUAACGGUCCCACAAAUCCCACAAAUAAUGUUAAAUUAAUCAUAUUUAUACUUAUCCUAUAUAUAAGCAAAGCGAAAUGUUCGAUCUGCCAUAGAAGUAAACAAUCGAGGUGCUCCCUAAAAUGAAACUGAGGAUAUGAACAAACGGAGCACACAACAAAUCUCACAGCAAACAAAUUUUGCCGUCAUAUAACUGAAACUGCCAAAGUCGGAAAAUCAACAAUACAUUUGUAACGGGCAGAAGGGGCAUUAAAAUCGGAUUUUCAAGAUUCCGGUGGCAGCUUCAGAAACAUAAAAUUAAGCUAAAUAAGCAACAGCGUCAAACACUUCGACACCCACUC